AUGAAAAAAACACAUGCAAGUAAUAAUAAUAAUAAUAAUAAUAAUGAUGAUGAUGAUAUAAAUGAUAUAUUUGAUAAUUUAUUAUUUGGUGAAGAAUUGGCAAAUAAAAGUGGUUUUGAAGAAGGUUUUAAUGCUGGCAAGUGUCAAUCAAUAAGUGGAUAUCAUCUUGGUUAUCAUAGAGCCAGUGAAUUAUCAGCUAGACUUGGAUUUUACAGUAUUGUUAUAAAAAAUUGUCUUGACAAUAGUGAUAAUUCAUCAAAAAUUAAUAAUCAAGCAAUUAUAUUGGAUGAUUUAAUAAAUAAAUUUCCAAGAGACAAUACUGAAACAAUUGACAUUAUUAAAAUAUUUGAAAAUAUAAAAUUAAAAUUUAAUAGACUCUGUUCAUUGGCUAAAAUUAAUAUUUCAUAUUCUGAAUUUGAUAAUCAACUCAAUUUUUAA